AUGUCGUCCAUUGACGAGAUAUUUCCGGCGCCGGAGUUCAAUGAAAGCAUGCCGUGGGGUGGAAACACACGUGAAGGUUUCGAUGUCAACGCGCAAUAUCGAGGAUACGAGCAUGACUCUGUCUUCAUUGCCCUUUGCACCUUUCUAGUUUGGAUCAUGGUGCCUGGUCUUGCCAUGUUUUACGCCGGCCUAUCCCGCCGCAAGAGUGCCUUGACUAUGUUGUUCCAGGCAUUCAUUGUAUUCGGCGUCAUAACUCUACAAUGGAUGCUCUGGGGAUAUUCGCUCGCAUAUGCACCAGAUGCCAGCCCGUUCAUUGGCACCGAGUACUACAUGGGCAUGAGAUUUGUCCAAGCGGCCCCGACGGGCACUAUGCCUGAUAUCCUCUUCUGCCUCUACCAGCUCAUGUUCUGCGCUGUCACUACAACGAUCCUGACAGGUGCAAUGUUCGAGCGUGGAAACAUCAUUGCUUCGACGAUCUUCGCGUUUGCUUGGGCCACCAUUGUGUAUGCGCCCAUUGCAUGCUGGACAUGGAACGCGAAUGGAUGGCUGCUCAAUUUGGGAUCGCUCGACUACGCAGGAGGUGGUCCAGUUCACAUUGCUUCUGGGUGCUCUGCUCUGGCUUAUGCGCUCGUCCUUGGCAAGCGCAAGUCUUCCAUUGAGACCGGAACCUUUCGUACUAAGCCUCACAAUCAAACACUUGUCGCAUUGGGCACGUUCUUCAUCUGGUUCGGAUGGUUUGGCUUCAAUGCUGGCUCUGCACUCAACGCUACCGUUCGAUCUUACUAUGCCGCUUUCAACACACAAGCAGCAGCAUCGGCUGGUAUCCUUGGCUGGGUGACUGUCGACAUGAUCCGCAACAAGGGACGCUUCUCUUUCUCCGGCGCUUGCGAAGGUGCUAUCGCUGGCCUUGUCGGUAUUACCCCAGCCGCUGGUUAUGUUCAGGUCUGGCCGGCGGCCUUGAUUGGGUACCUGACCGCAGUCGUCUGCUCUUCCCUGCAGAACAUCAACGAGUGGAUCCACAUUGACGAAGGAAUGGAUGUAUUCAAGCUUCACGGCAUUGGCGGCAUGGUCGGCUCUUUCCUCACGGGUAUAUUUGCUGAUAUUGCGAUCGGUGACCUGUCCGCUGGUACUGGAGCCUCUGGAGCUUGGAAUGGCAACGGAAUACAGGUCGCUAUUCAACUAGCUGAUAUCUCGUCAUGCGCAGCCUACAGCUUCGUCAUCACCCUUCUUUUGGUCUUGCCGUUCAAGUACGCCCCGAAGUUCUUGAGCCUCCGCUUGACUGAGGAACAAGAAGCUCUGGGAGCCGAUGGUUAUCACUUCCACGACGAGACCAUCGGAGAAUGGAUGGAUGGAACCGAGACCCCCCGAUCGGUCACGGGCUACCCACCAUCUGGAGCAGCCACCCCUGCGCCUGCUGGCACCCGAAGAUCUAGCUCGGAGGCGGAGAAGAAGGUCGCUGUCUGAGGAAGUGUAUU